AUGGGGUCAUCCUUCAGUUGCUGUGGUUCAGAGAAGGUUGAUGAAGGGUUGACAGUUGGUGGAGGUAACAAUUCAUGGAGAAUAUUUACUUACAAGGAGUUACAUGCAGCUACCAACGGUUUCAGUGAGGAUAACAAGCUUGGUGAAGGAGGAUUUGGAAGUGUCUACUAUGGGAAAACCUCAGAUGGCCUCCAGAUCGCAGUGAAGAAGUUGAAAUCCAUGAAUCUGAAAGCGGAGAUGGAAUUUGCUGUGGAAGUAGAGGUACUUGGAAGGGUUCAGCACAAGAAUUUAUUGGGACUGAGGGGGUAUUGCGCGGGGGCUGACCAACGCCUCAUCGUCUAUGAUUACAUGCCAAAUCUCAGCUUGCUUUCUCAUCUACAUGGCCAAUUUGCUGGUGAAGUCCAAUUAGAUUGGAAAAAAAGAAUGAAGGUUGCAAUUGGCUCAGCAGAAGGCCUACUGUACUUGCAUCAUAAGGUGACACCCCACAUAAUUCACAGAGACAUAAAGGCUAGUAAUGUGCUGUUGGAUUCAAAUUUUGAGCCACUGGUUGCUGAUUUUGGGUUCGCGAAGCUAAUUCCAGAAGGUGUUAGCCACAUGACCACCCGGGUUAAGGGGACCUUGGGAUAUCUAGCACCAGAAUAUGCCAUGUGGGGAAAGGUUUCAGAGAGUUGUGAUGUUUACAGCUUUGGGAUUCUUCUACUGGAGAUACUUACUGGAAGAAAACCAAUUGAAAAGCUUUCUGGUGGCGUUAAGAGGACCAUCACUGAAUGGGCUGAGCCAUUGAUAGUGAAAGGAAGGUUUAGAGAUCUUGUUGAUCCAAAGCUUCGUGGAAGUUUUGAUGAAACCCAAUUGAAACAGGCAAUCAAUGUGGCUGCAUUAUGCGUCCAAAGUGAGCCCGAUAAGCGCCCUAACAUGAAGGAAGUGGUUAACCUUUUGAAAGGCUAUGAUCCUAAAGCCAAGGUAAUGCAGAUGAGAAUGGAGAGUAUAAAAUAUGGGGAUGAUUUAAUGGCUCAAGAUGAUGAUGAUGGUGAUGAUGAUGGUGAUGGUCAUGCUGAUGCUGGCGGUGGCCGUCAUUAUGAUGAAAGUAGCGCAUAUGGGGUGUUUGGCGCUAUGGAAGUGAAGAAGAUGCAAGACCCAUCAUACAAGCAACACCAUGGAGAAAGAAGAAUGACCAAGCAUGGGUGA